UCUCUAUUGUGUUUAUCUUGAGCUUCAUACAGUUGUUUCGUGAAUGGAUACGGCGUUCUCGCUAAAGAUUCAUUACCCCCAUUUAAGCAUGGACUGGAACACGUCUUAAAUGUUACACAUCUGUGCACAUAUGCAAAAAUGAACAAAGGCUGGCUGGAGCUGGAGAGUGAUCCAGGACUGUUCACUUUGUUGGUGGAAGAUUUUGGUGUCAAAGGGGUCCAAGUCGAGGAAAUCUAUGAUCUCCAGAGCAAGUGUCAAAGUCCUGUCUAUGGCUUUAUCUUCCUGUUCAAGUGGAUUGAGGAACGUCGAUCCAGGAGAAAAGUUAACACUUUGGUGGAUGAGACGUCUGUCAUCGAUGAGGAAAUUGUUAAUGAUAUGUUUUUUGCUCAUCAGCUGAUACCAAACUCAUGUGCGACCCAUGCUUUAUUGAGUGUGCUGCUGAACUGCAGUGGAGUUGAGCUCGGCAUCACUCUCAGUCGCAUUAAAGCUUUCACAAAAGGCUUCAGUCCAGAGAGUAAAGGUUAUGCAAUAGGAAAUGCCCCAGAGCUUGCCAGAGCACAUAACAGCCAUGCGAGACCGGAGCCCAGGCACCUGCCGGAGAAACAGAAUGGGAUCAGCGCUGUGCGGACCAUGGAGGCUUUCCACUUUGUGAGCUACGUGCCCAUCAAAGACCGCCUCUUUGAGCUCGACGGACUCAAGGCUUACCCCAUUGACCAUGGGCCCUGGGGAGAGGAGGAGGAAUGGACUGAUAAAGCUCGGCGGGUAAUCAUGGAGAGGAUAGGACUGGCCACUGCUGGUGAGCCGUAUCACGACAUUCGCUUCAACCUGAUGGCGGUGGUGCCUGACCGCAGGAUGAAAUACGAGUCCAAACUGGAAAUUCUGAAAAGAAAUCGACAGACUGUCCUGGAGGGCUUGCAGAAGAUGAUCCGGCUCACCCAGACUGAGCUUGUCCAUGACAAGAAACAGCAAGAUUCUUCCGCUCCUGAUGAGAACACUGCUGCUAUCAAGAAAGAGGCAGAUGUGGAGUCAGUCACAUCUCAGGGGACUGAUCAGGCUCCUUCUGAUGCGACUGAUGAGUCUGGAGGUAAGACUAAGGAUGCAGCUAGCGCUGCAGGAAACACUAAAGUCAUGUGCAAACCUCCGGCCCCUGUGGGAACUGGAGCUCAGCAGGUCACCAGUCCAAACCCCGUUGUUCAACGACUGCCUGCCUUCCUGGACAACCACAACUAUGCCAAGUCUCCAAUGCAGGAAGAGGAGGAUCUGGCUGCUGGUGUUAAUCGCCCUAGAAUCCCUCCACAAACCUCAUACUCAGAUGAUGAAGAUGACUAUGAGGAUGAGGAGGAAGAAGUUACUGGUUCUGCAGGCACAUCUAACAAGGUUAAACGGAAGGUGGGGCUGCGGUCACAAACAGGUCGAGUGGCGACUGGAAUGGAAAGCCAGAUAGCCCUCACUGUAUUGGCAGAGAAACUGAAGAAAGAGGUCCAAAGGAAAGACACCUCAAACACUCCCCUGUCUGUGCGCACAGAAGGUCGCACGGGGGGCAUUUGCAUCACAUCUGCUUCCCAGCCUUCCCCCACACCCAGCAAUGAGAGCACCGACACCGCCUCUGAGAUCGGCAGCGCCUUCAAUUCCCCGCUGCGCUCACCAGCGCGCUCCCAGGCUGCCACGCGGCCAUCCAGCCCUGUUGCAUCCCAUCUGUCUCGAGUACUGUUUGGAGAAGAUGAGAUGCUGAGGCUAGACUCCAGACAUAACCGUGCUGUGAGAGAGCUGGGUCCCUCUGUCAGCGUCGCCUUGUUACACCUGCAGGAGGAUGGAGUCAUCUGUGCUCUCCCUCCAUCUGAUUUGGUUGCUGAUGGCACAAAGCAGACGUCUACGCCGGAGAAGAUAAAAAACAAAGAACAAGCAGGCCUGGUGGCAGGCGUUGCAGAAGUGAAGGAGGGAGUCAAAGUGGAAGAGGAGGGACCAUCUGUGGAGGUGAAAGAAGAGGAGAGCAAAGACAGAGCCGUGGCAAAACCCUGCAAGGAGAAGCUCAGCGCUGUAGAAGCAGACAGCAAGCCUGCUGGGGAUAAAUACUCCCCUAAAGAGCUGCUUGCACUACUCAAGUGUGUUGAAGCAGACAUCGCCAAUUACGAGGUGUAUCUGAAGGAGGAGGUAGAAAAGAGAAAGAAAUACAAAAUUGAUGACCAGAGAAGGACUCAUAAUUACGACGAGUUCAUCUGCACCUUCAUAUCCAUGCUGGCGCAAGAAGGCAUGCUGGCCAGCCUAGUGGAGCAGAACAUCUCUGUGCGUCGUCGACAGGGAGUAAGCAUCGGUCGCCUGCACAAACAGAGGAAGCCCGACCGCAGGAAACGCUCCCGACCUUACAAAGCAAAGCGCCAGUAAAUACAAACAAUCAUAACUUGUGUGAAAAACUUCCUCCAGCGAGCAGCGAGCAAUCACCACAAAAUACAAGAAACUCAUGCACUCCUCAGGCUGUCUCAUGAUGGCAGUUUAGUAUUGUAUUUUAGUCAGAGGCUCCUCCUACUCAUGAAAUCAACUGUGUGAUUGGCUAGUUUUUUAAAACUUCCUGUAUAUAUGCGCUACCAAUUUAGUCUACAUGUACAUUUAUCUCUUUCUUGUGCUACUGCUAUUGGCAGAUUGUAAAUAUGAAAAUAAGGCAUGUUCCCACAGUGCAGCUGAAGCUUUUUCAUCUUGCUGAGUUCUCAGUUCAGAAUGUCACUGAAUACUAAAUUUGGAAUCAGUAAGUCUUACUCGUGCUUUUAUUGUGCCAAUUUGGUAUUGAAUGUUUCCACAUUGUUGAUUUCCUCUAGUCUAUCUGUUCUCUGGCUGCUACACUGUUCAUGCAGAACAAGCAUCUUUUAAACACAGUCUUCAUGGAAAUUUUUAAACUUGCGAGGAAGUCACAGUGCAUCUAGGCUUUCUCUUUUCAUAGGAAUGUCUUGUCAGCUAAAGCGUGCUAGGUAUGUAUGUUUGUAUUCCUCAAGGUCACCAAUAGAAAAACAAUAUUCUGUUAUUUUUCUAUACAAGAAUGGCUUUUAGAGUGAGUGAUUAAUGAGUCUGAUGGUUCAUUUGUGUGGUUUUGUAUAUAUGUAUCUGUUAAAUGGCUUACCUGUACAUUGAGUUGUUUUUCUUUGUGCCUGCAAAUCCAACCUACAAUAAAGUCAGAAAAAAUA